GUUCUAUUUAUAAGUCCGAUCGCGAUCAGCUGAUCCCGCUAUUCCUUUAGCGAACUACCGAAGUAAAAAAAACCUCGCUUGUUAACCGGUUAUGGCGGCUCCUAUUGCGAAAUCCAACCUUGUGAUGUUAAAGAACGCUUUAAAAUAUGUUGGACUUCGCGGAAUAUCGACCUCUCGACCAGCCUCUGCUCAGCUCACUGUGAGAGAUGCCCUCAAUCAAGCAAUGGAUGAAGAGAUGGAAAGAGACGAGAGGGUUUUCAUUUUGGGUGAGGAAGUAGCCCAGUACGAUGGAGCCUACAAGGUUUCAAGGGGAUUGUGGAAGAAAUAUGGAGAUAAGCGUGUCAUUGAUACCCCUAUCACAGAAAUGGGUUUUGCUGGAAUUGCUGCUGGUGCUGCCAUGGCAGGAUUGAGACCCAUUUGUGAAUUCAUGACCUGGAACUUCUCUAUGCAAGCGAUUGAUCAUGUGAUAAACUCAGCUGCAAAAACAUUCUAUAUGUCAGCUGGAAUUGUCAAUGUUCCCAUUGUCUUCCGAGGACCUAAUGGGGCUGCUGCUGGAGUUGCUGCCCAGCACUCGCAGUGUUUUGGUGCAUGGUACAGCCAUUGUCCUGGUCUCAAGGUCAUUGCUCCAUAUUCUGCUGAGGAUGCCAAGGGCCUAUUGAAAGCUGCCAUCCGUGAUCCUGACCCUGUCGUCUGUCUAGAAAACGAAAUCAUGUACGGAACUCCCUUUGAUGUGUCUGAUGAAGUCUUGUCUAAAGAUUUCGUCUUACCCAUCGGAAAAGCGAAAAUCGAACGGGCCGGCAAACACAUUACUUUGGUGGCCUUCUCGCGCGCAGUUGCCACUUGCCUGGAUGCCGCAAAAGAGCUAAGCGCAAUUGGCAUCGAGGCGGAGGUAAUCAACCUACGAAGCUUGAGACCAUUAGAUUUCGACACCGUCAUGGAAUCCGUGAAAAAAACAAAUCACUUGGUCUCCGUUGAACACGGCUGGCCUCAGUCAGGAGUGGGAGCAGAAAUUGUGUCUCGAAUGGUCGAAGGCCCCGGAUUUUACCAUCUCGAUGCCCCACCGAUCCGUGUGACUGGUGCUGAUAUCCCGAUGCCAUACGCCAAAACACUUGAGGAUAACUCUCUGCCCCAAGCCAAGGACGUCGUCCGAGUUGUAAAGAAGAUUCUAAACGUGCAAUAGAUCAACACAGUUCGACACACCAGUGAGACAAGACCAACAUCAAAGUUUCUAGAUCUUGUAUUAUUCUCUUUCUCUCUCUCUCUUUCUCUCUCGUGCCGAUGUGUAAAUCUUGAUGGGUAGACUGAAGAAUCUUCAACUCGGCAAUUCGAGUUGAAAAACUUAA